GACAGCUCCGCCUCUCUCAGCGGUGGCGCCAUCUUCCCCCGCCGCGGGAGGGGUCACGGGUCAGUACUGGCGCCUGGAGGGAAGGAGGACGGAAGCGUGGUCGGACUCAUAGCGUUCACGUCCUGAAGAGGAGAAGGGAGACAGAAAGAAACAUCGAUGUGAGAGAGAAACAUUGAUUGGUUGCCUCCCCUGACUGGCCGAUUCUGGGGACGGGAUGGAACCCGCAACCUAGGUGCCUUUUCCUUGGGGCAGCCCGGGAGUCUCCAAGAAGAGAAUGGAUUCAGGAACUCGCCCAGUUGGUAGCUGCUGUAGCAGCCCUGCAGGGCUCUCACGGGAAUACAAACUAGUGAUGCUGGGUGCUGGUGGUGUAGGGAAGAGUGCCAUGACCAUGCAAUUCAUCAGCCACCGAUUCCCAGAAGACCAUGACCCCACCAUCGAAGAUGCUUAUAAAAUCCGGAUCCGUAUUGAUGAUGAGCCUGCCAAUCUGGACAUUUUGGAUACAGCUGGACAGGCAGAGUUUACAGCCAUGCGGGAUCAGUAUAUGAGGGCAGGAGAAGGGUUUAUCAUCUGUUACUCUAUCACCGAUCGUCGAAGUUUUCAUGAAGUUCGGGAGUUUAAACAGCUUAUUUAUCGAGUACGACGUACUGAUGAUACACCUGUGGUUCUCGUAGGGAACAAGUCUGAUCUCAAGCAACUAAGACAGGUCACCAAGGAAGAAGGAUUGGCUUUGGCCCGAGAAUUUAGCUGUCCCUUUUUUGAGACAUCUGCUGCAUACCGUUACUACAUUGAUGAUGUAUUCCAUGCCCUUGUCCGGGAGAUACGUAGGAAAGAAAAGGAGGCGGUACUGGCCAUGGAGAAAAAAUCUAAACCCAAAAACAGUGUAUGGAAGAGGCUAAAAUCACCAUUCCGGAAGAAGAAAGAUUCAGUAACUUGAAGGGGUGAAGUGUUUAUGUGUGAACUGCAGUGCUCAAACAAAGCAGCCCGCUGAAAGUAACUGAUGGAGGGGACAUGCCUACUAGGAGCUUUCAAUGACGUGGUAUUUAAUAUAUUGUCUUUUAGCUAAUUCUGAUUUAUUAACCUAGUAGAGCACUGUCUGCUUUUAAAUUGUCAUAUUAGAAUUUGAUUUAUCAUAGUUUGGGGUUCUUUUGCUAUUAAUUACUGUAAAUUGUUUGUAUCCAGGGGAAUAUAUAUACCAUAUGUGUUUGACUAAGCUCACAAGAAGGAUUUUUUUGCCAUAUACUGUUACACAUUAUCUUUCAACUUCAGUUUCCUGGGAUUAUUCCAGAGAAGGACCUCUGUCUUUUCUGUUCACCUUAAUGCUUCCUAGAGACAGAACAAAAAAUCAUAUAGGGAAGGCAGUGCUAAAGAGAUCAGUGCUACAGUUCAGAAAAGAGCUGUGGGACUGACUCCUGUUGCCAGUUACGCAGUGAUGAGAUUUGGGGAAAUCAGGUCGUGUGUUUUGGUUAGGAAAAAAGAGAG